AGCUAGGUAGCCUUAGCUGUUUACAAGCCCAAACUUUUAACUUCCGACAGAAACCUAAAGCAAGCCCUCAACUCAACUGAAAAUGAAUGUAAUAGAUCAUGUACGGGAUAUGGCUGCCGCUGGCCUCCACUCCAAUGUCCGGAUAUUGAGCAGUUUGUUGCUGACGAUGAGUAAUAACAAUCCAGAGCUGUUCUCACCGGCCCAGAAGUACCAGUUGUUGGUUUACCACGCUGAUGCCAUAUUUCAUGAUAAGGAAUAUCGUAAUGCUGCCUGCAAAUACAGCAUGGCACUGCAACAGAAGAAGGUGCUGAGCAAAACAUCUAAAGUUCGUACAUCUACUGGUGGAGCAGCAUCUAACAUCCAGGCACAGAGUUUGCCAUCAGAAAUUGAGGUUAAGUACAAGAUAGCUGAAUGCUACACCAUCUUGAAACUGGACAAAGAUGCCAUUGCAGUGCUUGAUGGGAUUCCAUCCAGACAGAGGACUCCAAAGAUCAACAUGAUGUUAGCUAACCUGUACAGGAAGGCCGGUCAGGAGCGUUCUGCUGUGACAAGCUACAAAGAGGUUCUCAGACAGUGUCCCCUCGCCCUGGAUGCAAUCAUUGGUCUUCUUUCUCUAUCAGUCAAAGGAGCUGAAGUGGCAUCCAUGACUAUGGAUGUGAUCCAGAGUAUCCCCAACCUGGACUGGCUCUCUGUUUGGAUCAAAGCUUAUGCCUUCAUACAUGCAGGGGACAAUCAAAGAGCCAUCAACACCAUUUGCUCUCUGGAGAAGAAGUCUCUCCUGCGGGACAACGUGGACCUCCUGGUGAGCCUGGCAGAUGUCUACUUCAGGGCAGGGGACACCAAAAACGCCAUCCUCAAAUUUGAACAAGCCCAGAUGCUGGACCCAUAUCUCAUCAAAGGGAUGGAUGUUUACGGCUACCUGAUGGCCCGUGAGGGACACCUGGAGGACGUCGAGGUGUUGGGAGGACGAUUAUUUAAUAUUUCAGACCAGCAUGCUGAACCUUGGGUGAUCUCUGGCUGUCACAGCUUUUAUAGCAAGCGUUACUCCAGAGCCCUCUACCUGGGAGCCAAGGCCAUCCAGCUGAACAGCAACAGUGUGCAGGCUCUCCUCCUGAAGGGGGCGGCAUUGAGGAACAUGGGUCGUGUUCAAGAAGCCAUCAUCCAUUUCAGAGAGGCCAUGCGUUUGGCACCCUGCCGACUCGACUGCUAUGAAGGUCUGAUCGACUGUUACUUGGCAUCCAAUGGGAUUCGAGAGGCUAUGGGGAUGGCGAAUAACAUCUAUAAGACUCUGGGGGCCAAUGCACAGACUCUGACCAUCCUUGCCACUGUGUGCCUGGAAGAUCCUGUGACUCAGGAGAAAGCCAAGACCCUGCUGGACAAAGCACUGGCCCAGAGGCCUGACUACACCAAGGCUGUGGUCAAAAAGGCUGAACUGCUGAGUCGGGAACAGAAAUAUGAAGAAGGGAUUGCUCUUCUCCGGAAUGCCCUGGCCAAUCAGAGUGAUUGUGUCCUGCACAGAAUGCUGGGAGAUUUUCUGGUGGCUGUCAAUGAUUACCAAGAAGCCAUGGAUCAAUACAGCAUAGCAUUAAGCCUGGAUCCCAAUGACCAGAAGUCUUUAGAAGGCAUGCAGAAGAUGGAGAAGGAGGAGAGUCCAACAGACGCCACGGUGGAGCUGGACGGUGACGACAUGGAGGGCAGCGGAGAGGACGGAGACCUGGAGGGCAGCGACAGUGAAGCCGCGCAGUGGGCCGAUCAGGAACAGUGGUUUGGGAUGCAGUGACCCCGGGACGCUGAGGGACUCUCGGUCAGUACCACCUUCUAACACGCUGCAGCCUGUGGGAAGCAUUCAGCCAUCAGGGUGGUCAAACAGAAGAAGGGGCCGUACUGCUCCGCACACCUCACAUGAUCACAAAGGGUCACACCAAGUGACUGACGAUGCCAACUUUAGCGACGAUGCAGCUGAGACUGAUGCCCUGGUUUGCAGAACAGCUGCAGGAGGACUUCAGUGCAGCUUAGUGCAGAACUCCAGCCAUUUUUGACCUGAUGUUUUCCCAUUAUAAUGAGUCUUAUCAGCCACUUCACUGUGGAGCUGUUCAGUACAGAACCAGCAGAUACUCAAGCCCAGUGUAAAUCAAGAUGUGUUGUUCAGUAACUUCUUGCUCACACUGUAGUAACGUGUUUGUGACAAUGAAGUAAUAUUUCUGAUGCUACUUUUGCUGUUUCUUUGUUUCAUCUUUGCUGCCAGUCAGUGCUUCUCUGAAUGAAUGGACCACUGGUCCGGGUAAUGCAACUAAAGUACAACUUCAAACUGAAUAUAGUUGCUACAAAGUGUAUCAAUAAAAACCCGCUUUGGAGUGUUUCCAGGCAACUGGUGUGAUGGGAAAUUUUGUUUAGGCCACAAAUAGCUGGGGUUGUCCAUGGCGUGUGUUGGAGAAGGGACUGGCAGAGAUUUUUAAUUUGUGUUUUGUUUGAGCCUGACACUCACAGAGGAAGUUUGCCACAGAGGAAGCAAAGUGUUAACAUCAAAUUAUCACAACUUUGUCUCUGGCAGGUAAACAGGUCUGUGAUAAAGUGGCCGCGUACCAUUUAUCUGCUGCUCUUUUAAAAUGUAACAAUUUUUUUUUUUUUUAGUUUUGUGUCAUGUACAUGUGUUAUGUUGUUUCUUGAGUCUGCCUUUCUGUAUCAAAAUAUAACUCAAUGAUUGGCUCAUUUUUAAGUUGAGAAGUGUUACAUAACCAUUUCAGGACAAAUGUUUAUAGUAUUUUGUACAUAUUUUUAAAAUGUAAAUUAAAACUAUUAAACACUCAC